UCAGCACUCGUGGAGUUGAGACGUAACUACCGAACAGCACAAUGGUGAAAGCACGCAAAUACGUCGUCGUAAAGGAAUUCGACGGUUUACCUAAACGUGAAGACUUCGAAAUCGUUGAAAAUGAGUUACCACCGAUCAAGAAUGGAGAGAUUUUGGUCAAAGUUGAGUGGGUGAGUGUGGACCCAUACAUGCGUGUGUACAGACCAAAUCCAGUUCCAUAUGAUCAAGGCGCUUACCAAGUUGGAUUAGUAAUAGAAUCGAAGGCUUCUAAAUACCCAGUUGGUACCCGAGUCCUCUCUCACAAAGGCUGGUGUGACUACGUCAUCAUCGAUACAAAUAACCCCUACCCCGACCCCGACAUAUUCGAUGAAUUCUACAAAAUACCUGACCUUAGCGGUUUUCCUAAUUCUCUUGCAAUUGGAGCAGUGGGCAUGCCUGGUGCCUCUGGGUACUUCGGAUUUCUGGACGUUUGUCAACCCAAGGCUGGUGAAACAGUGGUUGUGACGGGCGCUGCUGGAGCGGUCGGCUCGAUAGUCGGACAGAUUGCCAAGAUCAAGGGCUGCAAGGUCAUCGGCUUCGCUGGCUCUGACGAGAAGGUGAAGUGGCUGGAAGAGAUCGGCUUCGACAAGGCGAUCAACUACAAGACUGCUGACAUCAAGACGGCUCUGCAGGAAGCUGCUCCUAACGGUGUUGACUGCUUCUUUGACAAUGUUGGUGGUGAAGUCAGUAGUAUUAUAAUAUAUCAGAUGAACCAAGGCGGUAGAGUAGUAGUUGUUGGAAGCAUCAGUGCCUAUAAUGGUGAUUUUAGUGACAUGCCAAAAGCCACUAUGUUGCAAUUUCCUAUAUUAGCGAAACAAUUGAAAAUUCAAGGUUUUUCCAUAGUGGAUCCCGAGGUUAGGAAACGUCAACCAGAUGGACAUAAACAACUUUUCAAGUGGAUAAAAAGUGGACAGUUGAAGGCCAGGGAGCACGUAACUGAGGGUUUUGAGAACCUCUAUGAUGCUUUUGUUGGAAUGUUAAAAGGUGAAAACUUUGGCAAGGCAGUUGUUAAGUUAUAAUAAGUUUACUAGUCUACAAAUAAAAAGUGUGACAUGAAAAAAUAUGA